AUGUUCAGCGAUGGUUCGGAGUUAGGCUACGGCGCAUGCGCAUACCUACGUAUGGUGGAUGAAGAUGACAGAGUGAUGUGUUCCUUAGUCCUCGGUAAAUCUCGCCUUGCACCAAUGAAACAGAUUUCUAUACCUCGCCUAGAACUGUCUGGAGCUGUAGUCGCAUGCCGCAUGUAUGCAAUGUUAUCAGAAGACCUCGACAUGAAAAUCGACCAAGCCGUGUUCUGGACUUAUUCUACAAUACUGCUGGGAUAUAUCAAUAACGCAUCACGACGUUUCAAAACGUUUGUAGGUAACAGACUCAGUGUCAUUCAUGAAACUACGUCACCUGACCAAUGGCGCCAUGUUGAUUCCGGUACGAAUCCCGCCGACAUUGCGUCUAGAGGUAUCGACCAAAGUGAUACACAAAGACUACAAACAUGGCUUACGGGUCCUAAAUUCCUUCUUCAAGAUCCAACUGCUUGGCCUGCCCAUAGCCGUGUGCCGGAAUUAGCAGAUGAUGACACGGAAGUAAAGAAGGAAGCUGUAAUAAAUAGUACAACGACAGAUACAGAAAUUGACAGAAUUAUAAUGCGUUACUCCGAUUUGAUCAAACUACAACGAGCAUUCGUAUGGCUGCAAAGAUUUAAAACUUAUUGCAGAUAUCGUUAUCUAAAACAUGACGUACAAGUACUCACAGGCGAUAUUACAGUAAUAGAAGUACGGAACGCCACACGAGACAUAUUAAAAUGUGCACAGAAAGGACACUUUUCUGAAGAACUCUCAGCACUGAGAAUGGAUAAUCCAGUGAAGAAAGAUAGUAGAAUCGAAUCUUUGAAUCCAAUAUUACAUGACGGUCUCAUACGAGUACAUGGGAGAGUGAGACGGGAGAAUCUCCAAGAAUAUCCGGUUAUUCUACCCAGCAAACAUCACGUGACUACGCUAAUAGUUAGUCAUUACCACAACAUCAAUGGUCACGUGGGAACUCAGCAGGUGCUUGCAGCUACGCGGGAAAAGUAUUGGAUACUACAUGGAUCCAGUUCGGUAAAAAAGACAAUAGGGAAUUGUUUUAUAUGCAGACGACAACACAGUCCACUAAUGACACAACAGAUGGCCCCACUUGUUUCAGAACAAACCACUCCAGACAAACCACCAUUUACCUACAUAGGCGUAGAUUACUUCGGUCCACUGUUAGUUAAGUCGGGACGCUCACAUACGAAAAGAUAUGGUUGUCUAUUAACUUGUUUAGCAACUAGAGCAGUUCACAUUGAAAUUGCCUAUAGUCUGACAACAGAUUCAUUUAUCGCAGCCUUUCAGCGUUUCACCAGCCGACGUGGGAUUCCUGAAAAGGUAUUCAGCGACAACGGAUCGAAUCUUGUAAGCGGUGACAGAGAACUAAAACAAUCAAUACAAGAAUGGAACCAGUCAAAAAUAGGACAAUACAUGGUUCAACAUGAAAUUGAAUGGCACUUCAACCCUCCAUAUGCCAGCCAUAGGGGCGGUGCUUGGGAGAGACUGAUUCGGUCAACGCGUUCUAUUUUAAAGGCUAUCGCUAGAGAGCAACUACUCACAGAAGAAAAACUGGUGACGUUAAUGGCGGAAGCUGAGAGAAUAAUGAAUGAUCGACCGGUAACACAAGUGAGUAAUGAUCCAAAUGAUCCUAUGGCACUUACACCUAACAUGUUACUAUUGUUUAAAGCCAAUUCAAGCAUGCCCAGAGGAAAUUUCAAGAAAACUGAUACGUACUCUAAACGAUGGUGGAGACAAAUACAAUACUUGUCCGAUGUAUUCUGGCGAAGAUGGAUUCGUGAGUACUUACCUAAACUCCAGAUACGUCAUAAAUGGCAUAGAGUGAAAACUGAUCUACGUGAAGGCGAUGUCGUACUUGUUGCUGAUUACAACGUACCAAGAGGGCAGUGGCCGCUAGGCAGAGUUACCAAACUAUAUAUUGGUCGGGAUGGGCAUGUACGUAGCUGUGGGGUGAGGACUCGCAAUUCAGAAUCAGUUAAACCUAUCACUAGACUAUGUCUGUUAGAGAGUUCACAGUAA